AUGGAGAAGAGAAAGAACUACAAGUCUGAAUCGGUUUCAAAAGAAUUUGCUAAAGAUCAUGAAGAGGAGAAAAGGAAAGCUGAGAGAUCCAAAUCUGCUACGCAAAAAAACAAUAAAUCCAAAAGAAAGGAGUUUAUUGGCUGGGGUUCAAGAUCACUUAUUGAGUUUCUUGCUUCAAUAGGUAAAGAUACUAGUGUGACAUUAUCGCAGCAUGAUGUAUCUUCCAUUGUAGAUAAUUAUAUCAAAGAAAAGAAGCUUUUUGAUCCAAAGAACAAGAAAAGAUUAACAUGUGAUGCCAGUUUACAAUCUCUUUUUGGGAAGAGGAAAAUAAAUAAAAACAGCAUAUAUAAUCUUCUGGAGUCGCAUUUUACUGAGAACCAAGAUGAAUCCGAAGAGGAUGCACUUGGGAAUGAUUCAGAAGGCAAAAUCUCGGUUGCUCAUAAAAGGCAGAGAAAGAAGGAUACAGUGAAAUACUCCCAGACAGAAGGAAAAGAACAUGGUGCCCCUCGAAGUUAUUUCGCUUCCAUUAUAACUGAAAAUAUAAAACUUGUCUACUUGAAGAAAAGCUUGCUAUUUGAGCUAUUUGGCCAACCUGAAUCAUUUGAAGAAAAGGUGAUAGGAAGCUUUGUUAGAGUCAAAAUAGACCCAUAUGAUUACAGACAAACAAUUUCUCAUCAGCUCGUGCAAGUCAAAGGAGUAAAAAAGGAUUCAGUUGGAGAGAACAAUACAGAGAUCAUCCUUCGAGUUUCAUGUCUGUUAAAAGGAGAUAUUCCCAUGAGUAAGAUGUCGGAUGGUGAUUUCUCCAAGGAAGAAUGUGAAGAUUUGAGAAAAAGAGUGAUGGACGGCGAGAUUGCGAGGCCUACAGUAGUGGAGUUUGAACAGAAGGCCAGAGUUCUUCACAAGGAUAUAACAAAGCAUUGGAUUAGUAGAGAGCUGGCUUUGUUACAAAAUCUCAUUGAUCGAGCAAAUGAGAAAGGAUGGAGACGCGAGCUUUUUGAAUACUUGGAGAGGAGAAAGAAGCUUCAAACACCAGAAGAACAAUCUCGGUUGCUUGAAAAUGUUCCUGUGGUGUUUGCAGAGCUAGAUUCUAUUUCUGAUGAUCUCAAUGAAGGCUCUUCGAAGUCAAUCUUUCAACAUAGUUCUGCUGUUCACAAUGGCGGGUUGUUGGACAAUCAAACUUCAGAGUCCUUAGAGACCAAGGACAAGAGGCUCAACACACCUAUCACCAAGGUUUAUUCGAGAAGGAGAAAAUCCAUAAUCAACUCACAUCAUCCAAAGAUUGACUUUGAAACAGAAGAGAAGGCUCGUGACUCUGAAGAACCACCAUGCCCUCAAGAUACAUAUGUUGAAGUUUAA